AUGUUUCGUUUCGUCAUCCUCGUGUUAAUCUGUUGUGCCAUCUCUGUCAGUGCAGGGCUGUCUAAGAAACGCUCUGCUUCCCAUUCUGGCGAGUACGGAGGGACUGGAGGAACACGCUUCUCACACUCCUUAAACCAGUUGGAUGGGUCCAUAACUGCCCUUAAGAUCUGGGCAGACUCAUCAUCCAUUAAAGGCCUCCAGGUCAAGUACGGGAAGGAGUGGAGCGACCUUGUGGGGAGUUCAUCAGGUGACUUGCAGACAAUCGAGCUUCGCCCUGGAGAGGCAAUCACUCAUGUCUCUGGGAAGGCUGAUUCGUACAUCCGCAAACUUAAAUUCCUCACCAACCUUGGACGCCGCUUCACUUGUGGAGCUGACACAGGCACCAGUUUUACUGCCCUUCCAGUCUUUCCAAGAGCUGUCCUGUCAUAUUUCAGUGGCCGCUCUGGUGCCAUCAUUGAUGCCAUCAGUUUCCACUGGAAUGUGAAGCGGGACAGUGAGAACUAA